AUGUCGGUGAAGGUGGUGGUCGGAGUGACCGCCUCGGUCUCUACCUUGAUUAUCACUGUAGCUAUUGGCUUGAGUAUCGUGCUGUUUGAGGUAGGUUGGGUUGUUGGUUGGGUACGGUAGGGUAGGAUAGGGUAAGGUAGAGCUAGCCUUAGGAUGUUAAACUCAAUAUUCCAGGAAAUAAACAGUCUUCACGAUGAGAUAAUGACAGAAAUGUAUGAGUUCAAGCACAUAGCCAACGACGCUUGGCAUAACAUCAUGACCUACACCCCUCCCCAGCCUCGUCAAGCUCGCAAAGCUAACUUUAACCUAAUCGACCGGUCGAACAUCUUCAAAUCACUUACCGGUCGAAACAAACGCAACGCCCAAUGUCAAUGUGCAAGACAAGCAAACAACUGCCCGCCAGGACCACCAGGACCACCCGGUCUAGCCGGUACCAACGGUGAGGAUGGUACUGCUGGUACACCUGGUACUCCAGGACUGUCUGGAAUGGAGGUGACAUUCGAUGAAAUUAUGAAAAAUGGCUGCAUUAUGUGCCCAGCUGGACCACCUGGCCCACCAGGACCAGACGGCCCAGCCGGUCUACCAGGUACGGCUGGCACCGCUGGUGAACCAGGUGCACCAGGAAAGGAUGGUGAAAGUGGACCAGCAGGACCACAAGGCGAUGCCGGAGAGGCUGGACCUAAAGGAGUAACAGGCACAGCUGGCCCACCAGGAGAAUCAGCCCAACAUUCACCAAGAUUGCCUGGUCCACCAGGCCCACCGGGACCAGUGGGACCUGCUGGAGAAGCCGGACCAAAUGGUAACAAUGGUGCUGUUGGGGAACCUGGCACGGCUGGACCACCUGGCCCAGCUGGGAAGCCUGGCAAUGAUGGACCGGCUGGAGAGCCUGGAAAGGUGAGUUGAUAUAGAUGAUUUAUAGUUGGAUUAGUUAUGUUUAAGAAAGGUCAUUUUGAGUUUAAUUUAAUUAUGACAAGUGACAUCUUAUACGAUGAAACAUGUCUGGAAAUGUUUUAUCGUAUAAGAUGUCACCAAAAGUAAAAAUGUUUAAAAUGUAAAUUUUGUGAAAUUUUAAAUUAAUUUCAAGCCAAUUUUACAAUUUCAAAAAUAUUUUUUGUUAGAGUGACAAGUUAUACGAUGAAACAUGUCUGGAAACGUUUCAUCUUAUAAAUUGUCACCAAAAGUAAAAAUUUCUAAAAAAAGUGAAGUCGUAAGUCUAUUUCAAGUCAAUCUUACAGUUUUUUAAAUGUAUAUCAUUUCUAGGGGACAAAUUAUACGAUGAAGCAUGUUUGAACAUGUUUCGUCGUAUAACUUGUCUCUUUUUUCAAAAACUGAAGCAAAAUUUGAAAAAGUAAUACACAACUAAGAAAAGCGAAGUUUUUUUACUUUUUUUGAUUUGAAAAAUAUGAAUUUCAGCCCGGUCAACCAGGAGAACCAGGCUCAGACGCCGCAUAUUGUCCAUGCCCAGCUCGAACCCAGAACCUGGCCAAUUUCCCAACGGCCGAUUCAGAAUCAGCUCCAGCUGAAUCUGCACCAGUCGAAGAAAAGGUUAGCCCAGCUUCUGGAUACGAUUCCAGUCCAGCUGAGUCUACAAAGGCUCCGGAAUCAGCUCCAGAAUCCGGCUAUGACGCUGCUGUACCAUCUGAUGCCAAAUCAGCUCCAACUGAAGCCGCAAGUGCACCAACUGAAGUGAAGGCUCAACCAGGAGCUGCACAGGCUUCAGAUGCUUCAGGUUAUGGUGAUGCGGAAGUUAAGGCAGCUUCUGCCGCUCCAGAAUCAGCCGCCAAUGAGGAUUCAGCACCACGCCAUUACAAGCCAAAAGCUCCAGAUGCACCACCUACAGUACAAACUGGGGAGGUGAAAGGAUAUCUAGCUAAAGCACAUGCCUUUGUCAAUGCUGAGGUUGAUAAGGAUGUGGCUACAGUUGAUGGUGACGUCAAGGAAGAGCAGGUUCACGAGAAAGCUCACGAACAAAGCCAGACUUUCGUCGAUGAAAACAACGGUAGGAUGCUGUAACUUUGCAAAAAAAUUAGAAAAUUAAGAUUUGUGAUCUCUCGGGCAUGUUAAGUGAAGUUAGGUCAAAUUUUUUUUGAAAUUUUUGAUAAGCGGACAAGUUAUACGAUGAAACGUGUUUAAACAUGUUUUAUCGUAUAACUUGUCGCCUAGGGCAAAAAAUAUAAAAAAUAAGGUUAAAAUUGCUUUCUAAACAGAAUAAAAUGUCAUUUUUUUCAACAUGUUGUAUAUUCGUGUUUUGAAUGACAAGUUAUACGAUAAAACAUGUUUUAAAAAAAUUUUUGUAAUUUUUAAAAAUUAACAAAAUCGUUCCAGUUAUCCACCAUCACCACGUAGAAGUAGACGAACACAUUCACGAAGAAAUUCAAGCCCCGGUCUCCGAGAUUUAUGGCCGUUCCAAGUUUGGCGGCCAAAUUCUGGGCGGAGUCAGCGAAGACCUGAGAGAGGCUUUAAGCGGCUUCAAGGGCCAAAAAUGGCCUCCAGAGACGUACGAAGUACCAACUGAACCAAGUGAAGAUCAGUCAGAGAACAGGGAAGAUUUCCCACAUGCUCCAAAGUUGCCCGGAUUCAGAAGCCGGCUUCAUCGUCAAUAA